AAGGUGGGCCGGGCUUGAGUCCAGCUGUGUUGCCUUUGCUGUGCAGUCGUGUUGAUGGCUCGAGUGAAGGAGCUUGCGCCAUGUUGGAGCGGUACUGCAGUGCUGGAUGGAGACUUCCAGGAGCUGUCGUCUCAACAGUACAACGGGAAGUACCUCGUUCUUUUCUUCUACCCUAACGACUUCACGUUCGUGUGUCCCACAGAGCUGCUGCAACUAAGCGAGAAGAUUCCCGCCUUCGGCAAUAUCAACUGUGCAGUGGUUGCUUGCUCCUGCGAUUCACAGUACUCCCACUUAGCCUGGUGUCAGACGGAGCAGAGAAGGGGUGGCUUGGGUGAGGUUGCCUUCCCUAUUCUGGCAGAUCCGAGUCACAAGAUAGCAAGAGACUAUGGAGUUCUGGUCGAGUCUCAGGGAGUGGCUCUCAGAGGUACUUUCAUUAUCGACACUAAAGGGAUAGUCCGCAGUGCGACAGUCAAUGACAUAGAGGUGGGGAGAAAUAUCGACGAAAUCUUCAGAUUGGUUCAGGCUUUUCAGUUCACUGACCUUCACGGGGAGGUCUGCCCGGAGGGGUGGAGACCAGGAGAGAAAUCUCUCCCAGAGAAUCAACCGUUUCGAAGACGGUCACAAGAAUCAGUCAUGAGAAGAAAAUAGGAGCCCUCCAUGUUUUUUUAACAUCUCACAGCACCUAUAUACCAGCCUGAACUAUUCACAAUGUAUUAAAGGUUUUCCGCUUUUCUUACGGUGGCUCAUUUCGUACAUUAUUGAGUUUUGAAACGUACAAACUGUUGAAAAUGCUGAUAUUUACAUACAAAAGAUCCU